CCCUGCGUUGCGUUUUACCCACGUGCGACUUUCGCGGCAAAAAGGAUUUGGCGCGUAAACGUCUUCCUUGUCGCAUCAGCUGGCGUUCGGCAAAAACAAAAGCAGUAAAAGUGGAAAGAGAGCGCGGCGGAAACGGAGAGCAAAACGGACACCGGGUAACGGGGCUCAGCACUUGCGACUGCUUUGAGGGCACGAAAGCAAGGAGGAUGGCACAGCCAGGCACAGGCAAUUCCGCAAACACCUGCGACUGGACGGUUAUUUGUGCGUGAAGUAAGCCGGGGUGGCGUCCCUUCACUCGCUGUGUGGAAUACGGAGAGGAAGCGCCACGCGUACCUUCUGUGGCCGACUUCGGCUGCACGUGGGUGGUUUGUCUCCGGCGUGUGACAGAUGUACACGCAGCGAGUGUGCCUUUUCAUUAACCGGCUAAAUGUAAUGGAGCCACUCACUUGAUUUUGAUAUAGCGCCGCCCUUUAACCUGGACAUGCGAGCAGCUGGGUGUGCGACCGGAAACGUGUGAAGAGCUAAGUUCGCCUAGCCUCGAGGCACGCUCCCCCAAUGGCCGGCACCUUUUAAAUGCCCUCCGCACAAAAGAAAGAGAGCGCGAGUGGCGAGCCCCUUUUGCGCCGCCCCGCCGGGAGCGUCCACAGUGGUGGCGCGCCGGGCCGCCUGCGAUCCUAAACUCGGGGCUUCUGGGAGAGACAAUGCAGAAGUGCCGGCUCUGUAUAGCUGGAUAAAUCGGCUCUUAAUCACAACUUUUCACCUUUUUGUUUUCGUAAAUUCGGGGUGAUAUUAAGGGAUAUUUGCUUUGGGGAGUCAGCGUGCAUUUGUUUAAGCGUUCACAUUUGGAAUAGGCAUUUUUUCAGAUUAAUCACAUGCUGGCCGCUCCCGAUUAGGCGAGAGUCUCCGCAGCUUUACGUGCCACGUUUUAAGACCACCGAGUCGCGCUUUCUCAAGGACUUUUUUGAGAAAUCUUUGCCGAUCUCACUAAUGUCUGUCCAAAUCGGCUACCAUACUCCAAAUCAAAUGCCAGAAGAGAACUGUGCGUAGUGCGCGACUGGCCAUGUCAGAGCAGCUCAUCUCUGCCCAGACCUCGGAGGAUCUUUUAGCCAACUUCGAAACGAUUCUGAGUGCGGGGAGCAUCGAGUUCAGCGAGGAGCAGCAGAUCGUCAUCAUUUCGACCCCAGCCAGCGCAGACGUGCACCCAGCUGUGUCGAGUGCCGCCGGUGACAUCCUGUUCUUUGCCACUCCGCAGAGCUCGGGACACGACGACGAAGGGAGGAGACCCGUUUUGGGGCGGCCGCCGGUGAAACGGAAACUUGACUUGGAGACAGAUCACCAGUAUGUUGCUGAACCCAGGCACUACUCUAGGGGCAGAGGCCGCUCAUCUGAAAGAGGUUUGAAGUCUCCCGGAGAAAAGUCUCGCUAUGACACUUCCCUGAACCUGACAACCAAACGCUUUUUGGAGCUGUUGUCUCAGUCCCCUGAUGGCGUGGUGGACCUCAAUGUGGCUUCGCAGAUACUGAAAGUUCAAAAGAGGCGCAUCUAUGACAUCACAAAUGUACUUGAGGGGAUCCAGCUAAUAACCAAGAAGUCCAAGAAUAACAUCCAGUGGCUUGGCAAUAACUCAGAGAGGGUCUCUGCCACCAAAUAUCAGAGCCUGAAGAAGGAAGUGGCUGACUUGGCGCGGGACGAGCAAAUCCUGGAUGAGCUCAUUUCAAAGUGCAACCUACAGCUAAAGCUGCUCACAGACGAUCCACAGAAUAAGAAAUUGGCAUAUGUCAAAUGCCAGGACUUAAGGCAGGCAAUUGACCUUCCAGACCAGCUGGUGAUGGUGGUGAAGGCUCCAGCAGAGACGCAAAUGCAAGUGUUGGACCCCAGUGAGGGCCUACAGGUCUCCUUGAAAAGCACCCGUGGUCCCAUCGAGGUCUUUUUAUGCCCGGAGGAUGGCUCUGAAGAAUGCAGUCCUGUGAUGGGUAACACCCCAGUAAAACAAGCUCCACGGGAGCACUCGAGCAGCACCUUGUGUUUGGGCACAUCUUUGGAAUGCAGUCCCCCCAACACGUCACAUGCUGUGACUUCAUUGGUUUCUCUAGAGAAGACCACCCCACCCCGCGAACAAGAGAUGCUGCUGACAGGGAGCAAUCUGUCCCCACUGGGAGCGUUUGCUGACAUUACCGGCCUCUCUCCACUGCCGUUAUCAGAGUUCCUCCUGGACAAGACUGUUGACGAAUUGCCACCCUUACCCCUCGAGUCCUUCAUCAGCCUGUCCCCUCCUCACAGCAGCGAGUACCACUUUGGGCUGGAACCUCAGGAAGGGAUCAGUGAACUGUUUGAUUGUAACUUUGGGGAUCUGACCCCCUUGGAGUUCUGAACCACCAUGGAUGUUGGGGUUUAGGGGUCCUGCACAGGUGUUUUUUUUUUUUUUUUUAACUGACUUAUUAUUUUUGAUUCAAUUACAAUCAAUUUUAUAGGAUGAAGUGCUGAUGUUCUUCUACCGUGUAAAUGUUUCUGUAUGGGGUUGGUGGCGAAACCUCUAAACAGAAGUGAAACUUCAUUAAUGUGGCAAAGCUGCAAGGUGGGUGGUGUUGCUUCCCAGCAUCACAGACGUUCAGUUUAGUUUUCCAGUGUUUCCCGCUUUUGUGGACCGCAUAGUUGCCCACCUCCUCGACACCCGCAGAGGCUAAACGUUGGCUCAUGUUUGAUGUCGCUGCAUUUCUGCAUUUGUUUGUCGCUUGCAAGCUACACUAAACUGGUUUCCGUUUCUUAAUCCCCUUCUUUUAAUCCAAAUGUGGGGUCCGUCUUGUUCAGAUCAGUUUUUUAACUUUGGUAUGAAGGUUGUUUCUUCGUUUUCCGUCAAUUCUUAGCCACUGUUCUCUUUGUGUGGCUGAGUGACGCUUAAUGGCCAUCUCGGUCCUAUACUGCAGUUCUUUUAAGACUCCUCUUGAAAGGUUAGAAGCUCUUCAGUGAGAGGCCCAUCUAGCAAGUUGUGCAGAUCUUCCACUUAAUUUCAUGUAUAAACUUAAUUCGUCCCUCUUGAUUGCAAGUUAUUGAGCAGAAGUCCUUCAGUAUUAGAAAACAGCAUUUUAAUGAGCUGCCAACUUGGAGAAAAACAAAAAUACACCACUACCACAGUGCCGAGACCACUCACCACACCAAGGUUCCCUGCCAUAACCUAAAGAUUUGGAUGAGUGUGGUGGUGCCUUUCCAAUUUGUGCAAUCACAUCAGUGUGGUGAGCAGUGGAUGGUGGCCUGGUCUCAGAGCUGAGCCUCCAAGAGGUCCAAGUGUUGUAAGCAACAAAAACGAAGUAAGAAGUGCAUAGGUGAAUUGUUCUGUUUUUUUUUCCCAUAUUGGUAAAUUUUUAACUUAUUACAUUUUUUUUUCUCUACUCUUUUGUGAAGCCAAGUACAGUUUUAUAAGCUGUUUCUUUGUGUCUUUAUUCUAAGUGUUUCAUUUUAUUUAUUUCAGUGUUUAAUUAUUUAAUUAAUGCAGUAGUUUUAAGAAGUUAGAACAACGGAGGUGUACACUGUUUAAGGCAAUUUUUAUUGUUCGUUACUCCUCCGCAGUUUAGCAGCUGCCCACCCAUUCUGUAAGCUGGAAUGCAUGAAUGGCUGUUGGGAGCACCAGAAGAUGAGGCAUGCUGGACUUGAAUGAUUUGGGAGGGUGGAAGGGGGUGUGUGUGUGUGUGUGUGUGUGUGUGUGACUCUUAUUUUCUUAAUGAAUAUUUCCGCAUUUUGUAAAAAAAAAAAAGAAAAGAAAAAAUAUAUAUACAUUUUAGGUUCAUAUCGAUGGGACCUUUAUUUC